CGUCGCAAGUGCAUCUUUUGUAACUACAAUUUUUGCUACACUUUCUUGUCCUAAUUUAUUCGUUCCGUCAGCAUGGAAAUAGUAAGCCCAGCUCCAUCGUCGUACCAGACUAGUGUGGCACAUAAAAUUCGCUCCCGAGAAGCUGCCCGUCGCUACAAAUACGGCUCACCAAAGCUGAUUGAUCUAAUGCGUGAGAAAUGCCGAAUUCGCAUCAAAGAAUCACGAAAUGAUCAGUUUCUACGAAAGCGAAACAUCGCGAAAGAAGAGAAGGCCUUCGUUGAAUCGAUCGUACGAGAGGAAUUGUCCGAGCUGGAGCAAGACAUUGCACUACAGGAGCUGAUCUACCAAGAACUCAUACAAGACGCCGACCAGUGGCUGUUUUACGAGCAAUCGGAAAACUAUCUCAUCGAUGCGUACGAAACUGAUGCCGUGUUCUGUCCCAUUUGUGAGCGAAGUGUGCUGCAGAUAGACGAAACCUCUAGGAGGCUCAACUGUUGUUGCGGUGUACAGUUACGAUACGAUCAAACGAUUGAAGAAUUCAGCCGGACGAUUUCCGAGACGAUUGCACAACACGCUAUCCGCUGCGAGAGCAACGUACAGUUCUUCACGGAGCCAGUUGUUGACGAGGCGUAUGUACAACUGAACGCCUUUUGUCCUAGCUGUGAUUACUACUGCCCCCUGACUUGCUGAACAGCUUGUGCCGUUACUCAUUUGUACAACUAUUGUUUAGUAUCUAUAUUUUAUCCCCACAUAACAGAACGACACCGCGGUGAUGUUACCCCAGAAAGUAUGUUGUAAAAGAUUGACCGUUUCUCAA